AUGAAAGGGAGAGGUCUAGUCUACAGAUCGACCACUGCGCUCGGUCUUGGUGUCUUCGCCUUCCAUUUCCUAGGAGGAGGCCUCCUAGGAAAAUACAAGAAGAAGGCACCUGGCUUCGAUGAUAAUGAUACUGAGCUUCUAAAUCCUGAAUAUCUUCAGAAAAGUAUCGAUGAUCGGAAGAAAUUGUGGAAAGAAAGACAAACUGAAACACUUGAUAAAAUCUCUGAUAAAUCCACUAUGCCCAUUCUGGAAGACAUUGAAAGGAAAGACGGCAUCAAAGACAUCAGGCUUAGAAAGACAGUGGAGAAAGAUCCGGAAAUUGAGAAGAAAAAGAACGAUGGCUAUAUCUAAAAGUUUCAAUAGCAGCCUUCAAUAAA